GGUGCAACGCAGUGUCCGUCGUUCAUUGCAACGGAUCAGUCAAUUAAUUAGUUUAAAAAUGUUGGGGCGGAUUUAUCCGCUGGUAGUGUUACUGGUAUUUGCUGAUGUUGUUAUGAAAGCAUCAUGCGCGGAGAAAGGGAGUUUAACCUUUGUAAUAGAUGAUACUCUCUCGAUGACUGAUGACAUAAAUCAAGUCAAAAGGAGCGUAAACCGGAUCAUGGAUAUUGUGUUCAAUGAGAAGGCCAGCGUGAUCAGCAAUAUGGUGCUCGUCACAUUCAACGACCCAGAUGCAAAGUUCUGGACAGCGACCAACAAUCGUAACGAAUUUAACAGAGCAUUGGGGGCGGUUUAUGUUCAUAAUUAUCAUAACAAUGACUGUCGAGAACCAUCCAUAAAUGGAAUAAUUUUAGCUUUGAAUAAAAGUAAUCGUGGCUCCCACAUAUACGUGUUCACCGAUGCUUCAGCCAAAGAUCACCAGAAUGCUCACAUUGUCAAAGAACUGUGUCAGAAAAAGCAAACUCAGAUCUCUUUUGUGAUUACCGGAAGAUGUACCUGGCAUUAUCCAGAUGAAAUUAUGCAUAUAUAUUAUGAAAUAGCCCAGGCGUGUUCAGGCCUGGCAUAUGAAGUAGACAAAAAUGCAGUUUCAGAGGUACUCAAACCAAUAACUGACAUUAUAAGUGGCGAAAAGAUUAUAAUUACUACGACGACUGUGCCAGCUGGUGUUUUGAAAGAUAUCCCGUUCGACGUAGAUGACCAAACUGAAUACGUUAUUGUUUCUGUGUCGGGUAAGGACGUGUAUCUAAGAUUAUCUGGACCUGCUGGCAAACAGGAGAACCUAAUGUGGAAUGCCAAUGGUAAAGUGGUGAAGUUGGUUAACGUAACGCCUGGCAGGUAUACCGCUACCGUGAAAGGUACCUCAGAGACAUCCGUCGUCAUAGUGGGCAGGUCUGAUUUCCUCUUCAAACAUGGUUUCUCGGAGUUGAAGCCCAAGUCACUUAAAGACACGUCUCUCCAACCAAUAGUCAAUACAAAUGUCCACUUAUCAGUAUUAGUUACUGAUGAACGCGAAUCAGUGGAAAUUAUAAAGGCCCAGAUCUUAGGAAUGGAUGAAAAGCCGAUCAGGCCCGAUCUUCCGUUGACCAAAAUUUCUAAAGAUUUUUACGUCACUCCACCUUUGGUUACACCGACACAAAGGUUCAAAGUAGCGGUGAUUGGGAGAGUGAAAGCAACGGGUCGCAUCAUAAAGCGUAUCGCGAAGAUUCCUAUUACUCCUCCGGAACCACCAAUAAAAUUACCAGACAAACAAGUACCCAAAGCUGUGAUAUCUGAGGGCAGAGAAACAACUGUAGAAUACAAUAGUUCAAUGAAAUUAACAUGCAAAGUGACCGCAUUCCCCAAACCUAAAAUAUCUUGGUAUAACAAACAGGGACAACUAAUUAGUUCUAAAAGUUCUAUGAUUGAAUACCCGUAUGACUACAUUAGUUACCUGGAAAUGCCUGUCGCAAAAGAAGAUAAAUAUAUAUGCACUGCAGUAAAUGAUGUGGGAACCAAUACAGCUUCAAUUCAAGUUAAUGUUAAAGACGCUUUCACUGUAGUAAAUGUUCGAUCAAGUGUGAACAUGGAAUACGGCAAGCCGGGAAUCCUAAAAUGUGACAUCACUUCGCGACUUCCUAUGGACAUUCAUUGGUACUAUAUGAAUGAAAUGACUGGAGCGAAGAAAGAAGUAGUCAAUUCUAACGAAUACUCAAUAUCAGCAGACAAAACUGGAUUAACAAUAAAGAAAGUAGAUGUCAAUUCAGUUGGAAAGUAUGUCUGCCUAGCUCAUCUGGUAAACGAUAAAAAUGUUAAAAAGGAAUUGACUCAACGAGUUCAAGUGACUGGAUUGGCUCCACCGAAAACACAAAUGCCAGCUAACGUAAAAGCGGUCAAGGGUAAGGCUGUCGUCUUAGAAUGCAAAGUAAGUGGUGUACCAAUACCGACCAUUAAAUGGCAGUUUAGAGGCAAAUCUGGUUCCAAGUUUGUACCACUGGCUGAGACCGGAAUGGUGCUACGUUUAAAUAAAGUAGAAGCCAAACACGAGGGUCAGUACAAGUGUGUGGCAGAAAACGCAUUAGCUAAGGAUGAGAAGGUUACAACAUUAAUUGUUCAAGAACUACCCAGGAUGGUAACCAGUUCAUCUACUACGUAUCAAAGUACCGAAGGAGACGCUACUUUGAAGAUACCAUGCGUAGCCGUUGGAGACCCAAAACCAAGCAUCAUCUGGAAAGUGGGUGGUCGGCCCAUUGCAGUGCCAAGUGCCAAGUAUGUGGUAGAAGACGGAGCACUUGUAAUAAGAAAUCCGACAGUAGCAGAUAGUAAGUCGUACGAAUGUGUAGCUACCAAUGAGGCCGGCUCAGUAAGCACAACUUUCAAAACGUUCAUACGACAGAAACCACAAGUUGUAGGUGUUGCUACUAAGAAGGUUAACCUCGGAACGGCCGUUGAUAUAGAAUGCGGGGUUGUCAAGGGUUGGCCGAAACCGAACAUAAGAUGGUUCGUGGAUAACUCUGGAAAACAAUUCGUGCCAAUCCGCGGAUCGCUAGAUGUGAUCCACAUUACGAGGGCAGAAAACAUACACACAGGUCGCUACAAGUGUGUGGUACAGAACGAAGCUGGAACGGUCGAACACGUCACUAGUCUUACAGUGGAAUCUCCACCAAAAAUACAAAUGCCAGCUAACGUAAAAGCAGUCAUGGGUAAGGCUGUCGUCUUAGAAUGCAAAGUAAGUGGUGUUCCAAUACCCACCAUUAAAUGGCAGUUUAGUGGUAAAUCUAGUUCCAAGUUUGUACCAUUGGCUGAGACCGGAAGCGUGUUACGUAUUAAUAAUGUAGAAGCCAAACACGAGGGUCAGUACAAGUGUGUGGCAGAAAACGCAUUAGCUAAGGAUGAGAAGGUUACAACAUUAAUUGUUCAAGAAAUACCAAGGAUGAUGUCCAGUUCAUCCAGUACGUAUCAAAGUACUGAAGGAGAUACUACUUUGAAGAUACCGUGCGUCGUCACUGGUUACCCAAAACCAAGCAUCACCUGGAAAAUGGACGGUCGGCCCAUUGCAGUGCCAAGUGCCAAGUAUGUGGUAGAAGACGGAACACUUGUAAUAAGAUAUCCGACAGUAGCAGAUAGUAAGUCGUACGAAUGUGUAGCUACCAAUGAGGCCGGCUCAGUAAGCACAACUUUCAAAACGUUCAUACGACAGAAACCACAAGUUGUAGGUGUUUCUACUAAGAAGGUUAACCUCGGAACGGCCGUUGAUAUAGAAUGCAGGGUUGUCAAGGGUUGGCCGAAACCGAACAUCAGAUGGUUCGUGGAUAACUCUGGAAAACAAUUCGUGCCAGUCGCAGGAUCGCUAGAUGUGAUGCACAUUGCGAGGGCAGAAAACACACACACAGGUCGCUACAAGUGUGUGGUACAGAACGAAGCUGGAACGGUCGAACACGUCACUAGUCUUACCGUGGAAUCAAGACCAGAUAUCGUGACAAAGUCUAAAUCAGUGGAAGCCAUAGAAGGUGAUGUGGCAAUAAAGAUACCUUGCAAUGUCAUAGGCGUUCCACGACCCACGAUCACAUGGAAACUAAAAGGAGCUAUCAUCACACCCAAUGCAAAAUACUCGUUUGACAAUGGAUCGUUGGUUAUCAUGAACCCAAGUAAAAUUGAUGUUGGAAAAUACACAUGUGAAGCUAAAAACUAUCUUGGGUCAGCCAGUAGCACGAUCGACCUUACACUUGAAAAAAGACCCAGCACCUUCGGAACAACACAUUUUGUGUACUUAUUAUAUGAUGAAAAUAGGAAUAUCGAAUGUGAUGCGUAUCGUUCUAAAUCUCAAUCAAUUAAAUGGUUCGAUAAUGAGGGAGAGUUGAAACAGAAAUCCAUUCAAAUAACUAAAGCAACAGUUUCAAAUGACGGUAACUACACAUGUCAUGUAAGUGACAAGCAGGGACACACGGAAACACACACAUACGUUGUAAAUGUGGGCGGCCCACCCAAACUAUUGGGAGAUAGUCCUCUUAAUGAUUGGCGUGGCGGAGUACAAGAAAUCCGAUCGAACUGCGACAGCGACGCAAAACCACAAGCUAAAGUCCAAUGGAAAUACAAUGGUAAAGUGAUACCCGAUAGUGAUGUGCAAGAUAUAGGUGUCAUCUACAAAUGGGGUCAUUAUACUUGCAACGUCUCUAAUCCACACGGCUCAGUAUUGAAAGAUUUUGAUGUAAAGUCUUCUGUGUGCUUGAUACCCAAAAACUUGAAAGAUGCCGAGUAUAUGCCGCUCGUACUUGACGAUAAAGGUGCUUGGCCUACAUGGGAGAUAUCAAAAUAUUUUUCAGUAGUAGAACAAGAAGAAAAAAUGACACUGUCAUGUCCAAACCGCAAAGAUGCUUCAAAUUCCUUCAAAAAGUUCCCAUCGAAGACCGUAUUAAAAGCGUAUUGUGACAAAGAAGACGUAUUCAUAGUUGACGGGAAAAGGUAUAAACUUUCUGAUCUGCAAUGCACACAAGGAAUUCAACCCACCGUUGCCAAAAAGAACGUUAAAUGCUUGACAGGCAAUUCGGAAUUAAUAAAAGUAGGAUACAAUACUGGCGGCUUCUUAGAAUCUUAUGAAGUCUGUUUUGACAAAACAGUGCGUAUGCCUCGAUACAUUCGCAACAUCGUAACCGCAAAGAAUGAUAAGCUCAGUUCCACUUAUGCCUGGCACACCUACCCUGGUAUUGAAGACAGUCACAAUGAGAAGGCGUUUACUUGUAAAAACAAGCUGUCAUCUUGCUGUUACGCAAAAUCUCAGCUGGUGGAGGCAAAAGACUUCAAAUAUGCUGCUGAGAUGAACACCACCUUUAUCGAUCCUUUGAAUGUAGUUCCAGCCUGGCGCCCUUGUAGUGCUUCUCAGACGUCGUGGGAAUCUGUUAAUAAAAUGGUAAGAGAGCAGACGUUUUACGACGAAUUUGUCGUCUGGUCUGGAACUGACACCUGGCAAAAGAAGGAUGGAGCUGUUAUACCCCGAUAUUUAUGGAAGGUAAUUCGUUUUGAUGACGAUGAAGUUUUUGCUAUCAUCCACGUCAACGAUCGUGCACCAACAGACUCAGAUAUUAAAUGCAAAAACGUCUGUAACAGUGAUGAUGAACCAUGGUUCAAAGUUAGUGAUAAGUACACGUACUGCUGUUCACUGUCAGAUUUCUUAAAGGCGUUUGAUUACCACGACGCUAGCAUUGGAGGACCACUUAGCGAUGCAGAAUAAAAUACUUCAUUCGCGGCUAAGUUGUGACUAUUGGUGGAUUCUCCGAUAUAAUAUAAGCACGGUCACACAUGGAAAUAAAUAUUGUUAAGUUAAGAUAAUAAAGAAUUAUGGUAUCCUAUUCAUACCUCAGUCCCGACUCGGUGACAAAACAAUACAUAAAUAAUUUGCACACAAUAUAGCGAAGUUUAUUGUCGAUACAGAUGUGCCGUUAGUAAUUAAAUGGCAAAUAAAGCGACAUAAUCUUAUACUUAUACUUAUUUUUAUUG